AUGUUCUUCAGUGAUAUGCUAAUAUUUGGCAAGGAAUGCCGUCUAGCGAACAAAGAUUUGCCGAAUGAUGCAGUGGUGGAAUCGUUUCGAAGCUGUAUUAGGCGGUUCAUUACUGCUACACCUGAUCAGGACUAUCUGGAACUGUUUGAUAAAUUUGAAAGUAUGGUCAACACUACGUUGAAAGAGAUGGGCAUUCACGGAAAGUUUAGAGCUCGCAAGCAGGCCGGUUUCGAAGUGCCUGAAUUUUAG